UUCAUUCAUUCAUUCAUUCAUUCAUUCAUCCAUUCAUUCAUCCUCGUUCCCCUCAAGCACUCUACUUCCUUAAAACACCUCAAAACAACAUAUAUAAGUAAUUAAGCGGCAUCAUGCUCUUUGCUACUGCAGACACAGGCUUUAAGCAGGAUGUUCCAGAAGUCCGGAACACUUUUCUAGAGGACCCAGUUAUGGUGUCUAUCCUGGAGAGAUACUUACCCAAAGACAUAUUGAACGAGAUUACUCCAGAUCUUAUUAACAUUUGUGAAUGGGCCAACACUGAGGGGGUAACACUCACUAUCCGGAUGGAGGGAGACCAACCAAGACUUCGUCAAUAUGACUCUUGGUGCAGACGUGUCGACGAGCUCUUGGUUACGGAGGCUUGGAUCAAACAAAAAGAAAUUGCGGCUCGUGAAGGAGUCGUUGCAAUCGCGUAUGAGCGCGUAUAUGGCCAAUAUUCUCGAAUUUACCAGAUGGCCAAACUGAUGCUAUGGACAUCUGGCGCCGGUCUUUACAGCUGUCCCAUCGCCAUGACUGACGGUUGCGCACGUGUCAUUGAGGUUAAUGGGACUCAGGAGAUGAAAGAUCAAGUUUUUACACGUCUGAUUAGCCGCGACCCUAAGAUAUUCAUCACUAGCGGGCAGUGGAUGACGGAACGUCCAGGAGGAAGCGAUGUCGGGCGCACAGAAACUCAGGCAGUUUGGGACGAAAAACGUCAACGUUGGUCUAUUUCCGGCUUUAAAUGGUUUUCCAGUGCUACUGAUGCGGAUGUGACCAUGCUCCUCGCUCGUACUCAUGAUCCUAAAGCUGCAGACGGGACUUCCUCUAUGCGUAGCGGAAGUAAAGGCCUAUCACUAUACCUUGCUAAUGUCCGGAAUGAGGAUGGUAAACUGAAUGGUGUUCGUAUUCAUCGGUUGAAAGACAAAGUCGGGACUAAGGCCUUGCCUACUGCUGAGCUGGAGUUAGAUGGUAUGGUUGCUCAACAAGUCGGUGAUAUGUAUCGUGGCGUCAAAAACAUUUCUGCCAUUUUGAAUAUCACCCGUAUCUAUUGCGGCAUGGGUUGCGCUGCUGCCAUGCAGAGAUUCGUAUUAAUGGCCAAAGAAUAUGCGCGUCGACGAGAGGUCUUUGGUGCUCUAUUGAAGGAUCAACCAUUGCAUUUGGCCACAUUGGCUAGUAUGGAGAUGCAAUAUCGUGCCACUAUCCAGUUUGUCUUUUAUUGUGUCGCGAUGCUGGGUCGCAAUGAAUCACUUGACAACAACCUUCCACAAGUCAAGGAACGUGAUAUUCCGCUCCUGCGUCUCUUAACUCCUAUUUUGAAAGUCUGGGCUGCCAAGAAUGCGUUUGCAAUGUCUCAGGAGGCAAUGGAGUGUUUUGGUGGCCAAGGCUAUAUGGAGGAAACGGGUCUCGGACGUGCCAUGAGAGAUAUCUUGGUAAAUACGAUUUGGGAAGGAACUACCAACGUCCUUUCGCUGGAUGUUCUUCGUGUAAUGGCUGAAACGGGAGGUGAUGCUUUAAAACUUUACACAGAGGUAACAGUCAUUGUAAAAAAAAAAAAAAAAAAAAAAAAAAAAAAACUUACUAAAUCCCUCCAGUUGAUCUCUAAUCACUUUACAACCUAUGCAACACUGGAAACGCGCAAUUUGCUUGAAGCCUCAGCACGCGGCUUGACGUUUGCAAUGGCCGAUGUCAUCUCUGGCGCACUGUUAUGUCAGCAUGCUCUUUGGUCUGAGGACAGAGCAAGAGCAGAUAGGCUCAACAAACUUGCCUCAAAGGAGGCAGAUAUUGACCGUAUCACUGCUCAGAGGUGGUGCGAGGGCUUGGAUCAAAAACUCAAGUAUCAGAUUGUAGUCUUAUGUCAUGAAACUAGAUAUGAGGAUGAUAAGAUGAUGUUAUUUGGAUUGAGUGACGCUAGGGCCUCUCAAAGAUCCAAUGUUCCUUCAGCUUUUACUCCCAGAUUAUAA